AUGCCGAAGCGAAAGGCGGAGCAGCCAGCGGCGGAGCCAGGAUUCAAGUGCCGGGACCAACGCCUGGGCCGUGCCGAUGGCGAGGGCAUGGCAGGGGACUUCAACACGGCUUUCACGAAGGAGUUUGAAGCGGUGCUGACACAGGUUCUUGACAUGUAUCCGGACAUUCAAGAGGCUGCUCCUCUAUCCGUGGAGGAGGGCGGGACCGCUUCGAAGUUCGACCAGGCAUCCUGCUCUGCAGCUAUGGCGGCGUCCGGCUCCUUCGACUUCCAGGGAACGGUGUUUCUUCAUGACUUGCGAUGGCGUCCGCAUCCGCUGACGCCCGUGAACGUGCGAGGGAUCAAAGAGCUUGUGGAGUCUCGUUACCAGGGCGGGCCCCCAGCGAGCCACACAUUCCUCGUCCACAUUGCCUCGGAUGGCUUCGAGGAUGAUGUGGCCGCGAACGCGGGUAGCUUCAAGAGGAUGUCGCCGGAGGAGCCGGUGUUUGCGUUGCUGUUCGGCUGCACACUGGCCAAGGACGAGGAGGAGAAAGCUCAGUACCGCCGCUUGCUGCUUUCAAUCCCCUAUCGGCUGGUCUUCAAGUCCAACAUCAACGACAUCCGGAAAGAAAGCAUCUCGAUUCGCGAGAGGAUUCGCGACGAUGCGAGGGCCGUGCGUCGCACAGGCCUCGGGAUGCUGCUGCUGGUAAUCACACAGAAGCAAGACAUGGAGAAGGCCGGCGGCAAGGUGAAUGCAGAGAAGCUGUACAACUUCUUCAAGGAUUGCACGUGGUCUCGCGAGUCCGAGAAGCCUACCAAAGGCUUCAUUGAGAACUGCACGACUCUGUGGAACAAGCUGAGCGCCGCUAGCGGAUGUGUCCAGGUGGUGCGCGAGGCCGAGAUCCUGUUCGGCGCAGACUCCCCCUUUUCCAGCGUACUUCAAAUGUAUUAUCUGACAUUGUGCGGAGGGAAGGCCAGCGGCCAAAAACUGCUGUGGGUGUUUGAGUCUGUCCUUGAUUCGAAACGCUCGGGUGUCUUGCGCAACGAGGAUAUCAGCAAAAGCAAACUCGACAGCAGCGGCAGCAGCCCGGCGGACUUGUAUGCUUUCAAGUUCGAGCUGCUGGAGGAGUUCUUGGGCCCAACGUUUCUGAACUCCGUGAGCUUGUCGCCGAAAGCCUGUGCAGAGUUUCGCAAGAUCCUCGCAAACCACCGUAGCUUUCGGAAAGCCUUUGGGUACCGUGACAACGAGGCGGCGAUGUUCAGCGAAGACCUGACGCACCCGGAGUUUCGCUCCAGUCUGAGCCCGGCAGAGGAGAAGUACUUGGAACUUGUGGAGGCUGCCAUCUACGACAAGUUCCACGAUACAUCGAUUCGGCAGUCCUUGAAGCUUGGCCGUGUCGCCGCCGAUGUCCUGAACCAUGGCACUGUGCAGAAAGCAGUGCAAGCGAUUCACGACGCCGGGGCUGCGCCUGCAGUGGAGGCUGUGAAGGAAUCAGAAGAUGCUCCUAUGCCGGACGCAGCUGCAGGCCAGGAAGAGAAGGAAGAAAAGGCGGACCUCUUCUUUCCAGGGGAAGAAGCCCAGGAAGCCUAUGAGCGGUGGCAAGCAGUGGUGUCCAACAGGAUCAAUACCUACGUGGAGCUCAUCGUCAGACCGGCGAACUCCUCCAUGGAUGAGAUGUACACGAUGUUGCGGCAGAGCCGGACCUUCCAGAAGGAACCUGAGACGGGUGAAUACCAUCUUCACAUCUACGAUGGCAAGACUGAGGGCGAAUCCAAAACUCAGCCUGCGCUCCGAGUGCCCCAGAACCGGCCGAGUUACAUGGCAGCAGUCGUUGGGGCAGCGCUGCGAGCUCGCUGCAAGGAGUUCCAGAAGGCUGAGGACCUGGAUGCCUUGACCGUCGAGGAGCGCUCCAUCUUCAUGUUCUUCGACGCGUUCAAGCAUGACAAUCUGAACGUCUUCGAGAAGUGCUUCAAUCUCCCGGACCGCAAGCUCCGGAAAUCAAGGAAGCUGCUCUAUAUCACGUACGAGGAGAGCACGCUGCUCCGUCGCAGUCGCGUUCGCUGCUGCGAUAGCCUCGAGCUCGACGUCGUCGAACACUCGGUGAUGAUCAGUCAGAACGCGCUGGAGCUCGGUGCUCGCAAACGCUUGACCAUGGAGAACAGCACGAACAAGUUCAACCAUUUGGGGCCCGUGACCCUGGAGGACCCCAACAACAAGGACGAGGAAUGGAAUCUGCCCGUGCAGGAGAAAAGAGAACUUCUGGGGGACACACGGCGUGAGUCCGGCGGUGCUUCGUCAGUGCCGCCCGAGCUGGCGGAGAAAGGCAAAGCCCAACGUGCUGCGACGGACCUUGAGCCCGUGUCCUUCCAUGGAAACACAGCGAAGUUCUGGGAGGAGAUCUACCACAGCUACUGGGCGGCCAGCAUCCUGGACAUGACCCCGCAGAACGACAACGCAGCUUUGGCGGCCAUCAUGCUCAAGAAGAAGUACCUCGCCAUCGUCAACACCCAAGCCCACGCAACUCUCCUCAGAGAAAGGCUGCAGGAACGCGUGUUCCGCUUGAUGAGAGAUCCGCAGUGCACGCGCUUGUACGAGCCCAUGGCCGUGGCAGAUUUGGACUUCCUGAACGCAAACGCCGACGAGUCUAAGAUUGAGAAGGGAAAGAAGGUUGGCAAAGCCAAGAAGAAAGCCAAGAGCGGCGACGGCACCAGUAAAGGCGGCGACGACGGGGCCAACACAGGCGGCGACGGCGCCAGCAAGGGCGGCGGCAAGAAGGCUGGCAGGAAGGGAGGCAAAGGCAAGGGCGGCAACACAGGCGGCGGAGAGGGCAACGGUGAAGGUGCGGAGGGAGGUAAGAAGCCGCCCCAGUCGUUGGCUGAGCUGCUUGUCCAAGUCCAGAAUUCUGCCAAGCAGGGCGGCGAGGGCGAAGCCCCGCCCCCGUCCGGGUAG